AUGUCUGCCAACACCGAGACCACCUUCUACGCCGACGCCGUCCUCUUUGACAUGGACGGUACCCUCACCGACUCCAUCUCUGCCGUCGAGGCCGCCUGGGGGAAGGUCGCAAAAGACAUUGGCCAGGACCCCGCCUACGUGAUCGCUGCCACCCACGGCAAGCGCGCGGUCGACAACCUCGCCCAGUUCAAGCCUCAUAUCAAGCACCACGAGAUGGACAACGAGGUCCAGGCCUUCGAGGAGUCCAUCCUCUUCUUCGCCGAUGCGUACAACAAGCACGGCCCUGGCUCCGUCCAGAACUCGCCCAUGAACUCCGGCGCGACCACCCCCGCCCUCUCGCCUUCGAGCUCGAACCCGGCCUCCCGUGCAUCCUCGCGCGCCUCGUCCUUCGUCGGCACCAUCGCGCAGCUCGCGCCCUUCCGCCGCCCCUCGUUCCUCCACCGCGUCAGCAGCCUGCUCAGCAUGUCGCCCACCAUCCGUGAGAACGAGGAGGUCCUCGAGAACCCCAUCUCCGAGGAGACUGAGGAAGACGCCGAGGACUGGAAGAUGAUGCUCCAGAAGAAGCACCAGCUCGAGGCGUGGCAGCUCGAGGCUACCGCCGUCGACCGCUCGGUUCGCAUCCUCCCUGGCGUCAAGCGCGUCAUGGACUCGAUCCCCAAGGGCCGCUACGCGGUCGCCACCUCCGGUGCUAAGACCUAUGCCUACGGCUGCAUGACUCGCGUCGGUAUCACCCCUCCCGAGGUGACUAUCACCGCCGACGACAAGCGCCUCAAGGCCGGCAAGCCCGCGCCCGACCCCUUCCUGCUCGCCGCGAAGGAGCUCGGGUUCGAGGCGACGCGCUGCGUCGUCUUCGAGGACUCGCCCUCGGGCAUCAAGGCCGGCGUCGCGUCGGGCGCGACGGUCAUCGCCGUCUGCACCUCGCACGAGCGCUCGAAGAUCGAGAACUGCGGCGCGCACUACCUCGUCGACAACAUGGAGCAGAUCCAGAUCACCGCCGAGGGCGAGGGCGCGGCGAUGCGCCUCCGCUUCACGAUCAAGCCCAAGGCGCAGACGCAGGAGCAGCACAUGCACCUCGCGACGCCCCCGCAGACGGUCUCUCAGGUGUCUGCGCCGCACCCCCUUGCGGCGCCGCCGAUCACCGCUGAGGCCAUCGCGGCAUGAGCGGUGUUCUCUCCCCCCUUCCCAAACCCCCCAUACCCCCUGCUCCCGUGUAGCUAUAGAAGAUUCCUUCCAUGUCGUCCGCUCUGGCUAGUUCGAUGACCGUGCUCU